AUGGACGGCCGUGGCGCGGGGAGUGCCCUCGGGCCCCGACUGCUGGGCCGCCUCACUGCGGAGCUGAUCGGCCGCAGCCCGCAGUACAUGAGCUGCAUCUCAUAUUAUGAGAUCGAUCUGCGGGGCAACAAAAUAGGCGCGAUAGAGAACCUUGGGGCUACCGAGAACCAGUUUGACUCGAUCGACCUGUCAGACAACGCCAUCGUACGCCUGGAGGGCUUCUCGCGUCUGCCGCGCCUGAAGGUGCUGUAUCUCAACAACAACCGCGUCGCCAAGAUUGCGCGCAACCUGCAGGAGUCAAUAGCAAACCUGGAGACCCUGAUAUUGACCAACAACCGCAUCGCCGAGCUGAAGCGGCGGCGGCGGCGGCGCGAUGACAGCAGGCGUGGGGCAGUAGGAAUGAGCAGCUGCGGCGGCAGCAGCAGCAGCAGCAGCAGGCAGCAGCGGCAGCGGCGGCAGCAGCGGCGGCAGCAGCGGCAGCAGCGGCAGCAACAAAUGCAGCACAUGCAGCAAAAGCAGCAGAAACAGCAGACGCAGCAAAAGCAUCAAAGCAGCAGCGGCAGCAGCGGCAGCAGCGGCAGCAGCGGCAGCAGCGGCAGCGGCGGCAGCGGCGGCAGCGGCGGCAGCAGCGGCAGCAGCAAUGGCAGGAGCUCAGGCGCUGGCCAAAAGAAGCUCCUGGUGGGCAACCCUGUCGCCUUGAAGGGCCAAUACAGGCUGUACACCAUCGCGCGGCUGCCCAAGCUCAAAGUGCUCGAUUUUAAGAAGGUCAAGCAAAAGGAGCGGGAAGCCGCGGCGAAGCUGGCGGCGGACGGGCUAGGGGCGGUGGCGAGCGCCUCGAAAACGUUUGAGCCUGGGGAGGGCCUGGAGGCGACCAAUGGCAGCGCAACCGCAGAGGAGGCAGCGGCGGCGGCGGAGGCGCCCCGCGCGUCCGCGGCGCCGACGGCUGAGCAGCUUACGGCGAUCAAGGCGGCGAUCGCAAACGCGCAGACACUGGAGGAGGCGGAGAGGCUGGAGGCGGCGCUCAGGGAGGGGAAGCUUCCCUCUGAGCUGGCGGCGGCGGGCGGCGGCGGCGGUGGUGGGCAGCAGCAAGAGCAGGAGCAGGGGCAGCAGCAGAAUGGGGAGGCGAUGGAGGAAGGCUGA